CAUGGAUUUCUAACAAUUUUCAAAAAAUGAUCAAAAAUGAAAUUAAAUAGCUUCUUAUGUAUUAAUAUAAAAUACUAAAUAUAAAUUACAAGCAAUCUGAGACACUUUAACAUAAAUAGAACCUGUCGAUUUUAACAUUGUAUUAUUUUAUUAUGGUGUUUGUUUGCAUAACUUCGAACUCAAAAUGGAUAUAAAUCAGCUUAUUAAUGAAAACCAAUGUGUUUUCUCUGCUUUGGCUUGUAUAUUUUUGACCGUCGCUUAUGUUGCUAGUCUAUAUGUCUGGAGAACUCAACAUAACAGGGACCACCCGUCCACAAUCAAAAGAAGAUUCUUUGGUGUCUCCUGUGUUAUGAUAAUAGCCCCAUUUUUCACACAACUAUUUCUAAAGGAACAUUCUGUACAAAAUGUGGAUAUAUAUGUGCAGUUGGGCUUGAGAUUGCCAGGUCUGAUCAGUGCAUCAGUCCUGCCUCUACUCUUGACCGCAAUUUUAUUUUUAGGACCUUUAACAAUGCAAUUUUUGUCUGGAACAUGGAGAAUUUAUUUAGAGCCAGUAUACUGGUGGUCAAGUUGGCAGGAUCUGGUGUGGGUACGCAAUCAUGUGAUGGCACCACUCAGCGAGGAAUGGGUAUGGCGGGCCUGUAUGACACCCUUACUGCUGCAAUGUCUUGAGCCUAUGACUGCUGUGUUUGUUGGGCCGCUGCUGUUUGGAAUUGCACACUUGCACCAUAUGCAUGAGUUGAUGAAGGGUGGCUGGCAGUUCAAAGAUGCCUUGAUGAUUUCAACCUUCCAAUUGAUGUUUACAAGCAUAUUUGGAGCAUACUCAGCAUUUCUUUUCCUACGAACUGGUCACUUCGUCGCCCCGCUAAUCGCGCACAUGUUCUGUAACCACAUGGGGUUCCCAAACUUCAGCGAGGUUGGCAAGUAUCCGCUUCUGCAGAGAAUUAUCAUCAUCUGCAACUUCAUCCUCGGUUUAACUUUAUGGUGUUACCUCCUGUUUCCGCUGACUAGCCCGGAUAUUUAUGACAACAGAUUAUAUUCUGUUACGUGAAUUGAACGAAAUAUGUACUUGAGUCUGUCCAAUAUUUUAGUACUGCCACUAUGAACUAAUAUUGCAAGCUAUUGCAAGCUGUAGGUGUAAUUCUGAAAGAACUUUAAACGUAAUGCUUUAUAACUUAUUACUCCAUUUCAAAUUAUCUACACAGGGUGUAACAAAACUAGGUGAUAAUACAAUAGGGUGUGUAUGUGUU